AAAAAAAAAAAAAAAACACCUUCACUUAAGUAAGUCACUAGUCGCCCAACGGAAGCUAGGACCCAAAAGCACAACUAUUAAAUCCCUUACAUUCUUCUUCUAGGGUUUGCGUUCUGUCAGCUUCUAUCUCUGGUCAAGAUGGUUCUUCAAAACGACAUCGAUCUGCUCAAUCCUCCGGCCGAGCUUGAGAAGAGGAAGCACAAGCUCAAGCGUCUCGUGCAAUCUCCCAACUCUUUCUUCAUGGACGUGAAGUGCCAGGGUUGCUUCAACAUAACGACGGUGUUCAGUCACUCGCAAACGGUGGUGGUGUGUGGAAAUUGCCAGACGGUGCUGUGCCAGCCGACUGGUGGGCGUGCUAGGCUUACCGAGGGUUGCUCUUUCAGGAGGAAGAAUGAUUGAUUCAUUGUAGGCUUUUUGCUUAGUAGAGUUCUUUUGGGACAAGCCUGGUUUUUGUUUAGAAAUGUGUUAUUACUUUAGGAACAAGUUUUGGACAUCUAUUGUUACGUUGUUGUUGGUAUCUUAAUUUUUUUUUUUUGGUGAAAUGGUUAACAUUACUAAUUAUAUCCUUGCUCUAUUUGUCA